AUGAACGGAACACAGGGCGCGGUUUCGCCGGCGGCGCAGCAGGACAGCCUCAACGGAAGCUCCUCGGCGGCCGACGUGCUUAAGAAGCGGAAAAAGGAGGCCCUCAAGCCCAUUAUCACAACCGAGAGCCCGAGGGUCGCGCCAGGUGUUUGCGGGAUUCGGCCAACCUCUGUUUGCCCUCUCCCGACCCUGGCUGGGUUUGGUGGCGGGGUGCGUGCAGCUGGAGACCAGCCCAGUCGGCCAGCGGAGCCUGAGCAGCUGGAGCCGGAUCGGCGUGCAGUGCAAGGGCAGCAGCAGCCGCAGCCUGCUGGUCGGGUUGGGUCUGCUGCCGCUCGAGGCGAGGUUGGCACGUUGGGUCGCUGCAAGGAGCUGGCGGCUUGGAUUCGAGUCGUGCGGUGCUGUGUUGCGCUGCCUGACGGGCCGACAAUGGGGUCCUUUUUUUAUUUUAUUGUCCUUGUUGCCAUCCAUGCUUUAUUUCCCAUUUUUCUCCUGGCCUUGUCGUUGGCCCGCCCGCGUCCCUCCCAAAGCCCAAAGACCUCCUCCAAGCGACAGGAGCGCGGAGGCGAUCUGGCGCUUGUCGUCAGGCGGACGGGUUGGUGGCCAGUGAAUGCCCAGCCAUUGCGGGAACCUGCACGCUGCUGGGUGGGCCUCGCCUCGCAUAUCAGCGCUGCAGCCCAUGGCGAUGGCUGCGGUCCCCUCCCCUCUCGGCUACUUUCCUAG